UUCUCUUACAAUCAAUAACCUAGUGUCAUCAUGCAAACAAGAUCAAAUUGUCAUACCAUGCGGAGCCUAUGGACCUGCCGCCCAGCAAAGCUACUUGUACUUCUGGUUCUGAUCCAGCUAGAAAGGACACAUCAAUACUUAUACAACGGCGGAUACGAAAAUACCAACGCCACGAAAGGGAAUUUCUACAGUGGCUACCAGUCAAGGCGCAGCUCGAGCUACAACUCGUCGUACUAUCUGGACAUGGACCCUUGCGACUAUUCUGUCGUUCAAGUAACGCAAGCACAUGUCUCUUGCGAUAGUCCGUACACUUUCUACUACGGCAACGGAGCCAACAGAAACUCACCGUAUUGCGACUACGGAGACAAAGCAACGUUCUCCAUUGGCUUUCAGGUCAAGGAGGAUAUCGAUCAAAUCGACGACAUAUAUAUGACAAUGGCAAUUUAUGAUACUGCAAACAACCUGCUUGCAUCGACGCAACCGCAAUACCUUUGCGAAUCGUACGUGGGCUCCAGCUGUACUACUUCUGGCACUUACUCAUUUUCCAUUAAAUUGAAGUUUGACUACGUAAGCGCCAACGCAACGAAGUUUGAGCCAGUCGUGCGUAUGGCGUUUUCAGCAGCAAAAGACCACGGGUACGAUCUAGGCGCUGUGAAUAUCGACUGCCCUGACGGGAAAACUGCAAGGCAGUCGUACGUUGCCUGGCAUUCUCAAACAAAAAGCAACGGCACGAAAGAUUUCAUGUUCCGAAAUGGCCUUCUUCUUCUGACCGGUACAUUUCUCGUAGCUAUGGCUCUUUUCCUGUGGCGUCAAGCAGGGGAAUAUCAAAACGCGACAUACCAGCCCAACUUUCGGAUACCGAGACAUCUUCGGUUGAUCGAUUGA